AUGUCAAACUCAUCGAAGCGCUGUAUGCAGAUGAGAGAAAAAACGCCAAUCUUCAUAUUUUGAUAUGAUAUAAAAUAAUCGAAGUGAGGAUGAUGAGCUUUUCACGAUUCAUCCGAGUGAAGUUGGCUAGCUUGAUUGAAAAACCAACGUUGGAUGUAUCGACUACAGUGGUUUUGUUGGUUAGAAGCGACUACAGUGGUUUUGUUGGUUAGAAGCGACUACAGAUUUUAACGUAAAAGUACUUCAAUUAAAAAGAAUGUCGCUACCCAUAGUAUUCGUGACGGGAAACGCGAAAAAGCUGGAAGAAUUCAUCGCUAUUUUGGGAAAAGACUUUUCUCGACGGAUAAUGAGCAAGAAAGUCGAUCUGCCUGAAUAUCAGGGCGAAGUAGACGAUAUAUGUCGAGACAAAUGUCGGGCCGCAGCAAACCUAAUGAAAGGCCCAGUGAUCAUCGAAGAUACAUGUCUCUGCUUCAAUGCACUGAAGGGUCUUCCAGGACCUUACAUUAAAUGGUUCCUCGAAAAACUGGGACCUGAAGGUCUUCAUAGGAUGCUCUAUGGAUUUGAGGACAAAUCGGCGGAGGCAGUCUGCACAUUCGGUUAUUGUUCUGGUGAAGACUCUGAAGUUCAUCUAUUUCAAGGUCGAACUCAAGGCACCAUUGUAAGUCCGCGAGGUUCCAGGGAUUUCGGCUGGGACCCUUGUUUUCAACCGCUAGGCUACGACAAGACUUACGCGGAAUUGCCGAAAGAAGAGAAGAACAAGAUUUCUCACCGUAGCAGGGCAAUAGAAAAAUUAAAAGAUUAUUUGUUAAGCAAUGAGAAUAUUUAA